UUCCGCCGAAGCCCAUUUAAGAAAAAAUAAUAAUAAAAAAAAACAAAAAAUAAAAGCCUAAUCUUUUUCGCGGCUGUCGGCACAAAAAAUUGGGUGCCGUCUGGUCUUUUGGCGUUGCCGUGUUCUUCAUCUUCUCUACCUGUGCUUGCAUAUUGUUCCUGUAAAGGGUCUUUGAUAACCUAGCAUAUCAAAAUGAUCAAGAAUAGGCGAGGUGAUAGCGGGAAGCAAGGUGAUAGAGGGGGACCCUCAACAGCUCCUAUGAAUUUCAAGGACAUGCAAUUUGACAUGAAGACGAUGAUGAAAGACAUUCAGCAUCUGAGUUCCUCACAUAUGACAUGGAAGGAAAGGAAAGCAAUAGAGAAUAAGAAGAUCAUUUCCCUUGGUGGAAAGCCUCAAAAAAAUCAGCGACUACCUCUCAGUGUAGCAAGAGUACAGAUGAAGAAACAGAAAGAAAGAGAACAGAAAAUGCAAAAAGAGAGUGUGAUUCUUGGACGUGUUAUUGAGAAAUCUGGUGAAAUUACGAAGUCUGGUGGUGGGUCUAAAAGAUCUGUGGGGAAGCACAGGCCUGAGAAUAGCGUUUUGAAAGCAAGCGAAGGUUACUUUAAAAAUGGUAUACUUGAUGUGAAGCAUUUAUUGCGUUCAACUCCAUCAAAAGAGAAUGAUGCUGGUGCUCCUGUGAUCAAUAAAUGGAAGAAGGGAAGUGGAAAGAAGAAAGGUAAAAAGGGUGGAGGUAGAAAGGGUGGUGGUAAGAAACACCAUUGACGACUUUCCGAGUUGCAGAAGUUUUUUCGUUUUUUCCAUAGAAAAUUAAAAAAGGAAAAAAAAAAAAAAAGAAAAAAAAAAAAAAGGAAUUUGCUUUUGUUUCUGUUGAUGGUCGUAUCAAUUAUAAUUUGAUGCUAACUUGAUGAUAUUCUAGGCUUCUUCCAGUUGUAUCAGAUAGCAGCGGUCAAGAAAAUACUUGUUUUUGUAUUACUUUACCCACAAGAAUUUUGAAACACUUAAUUUUUAUAUAAACUUGCAGUUCCAAUCC